AUCAGGAAGCACAUCCUGUUGGUGUCUGGCUGCCGUGGCAGGGCCGCUAUUUGUUGCAGUUGGCUACGCCCUCCAGCUCACCAAAAACAGUCUCAAAAACAACCAUUUCCUCUCUGCUGAGAGCCAGGGAAGGCGAGCUCCGCGCACCCGGGCGUCCCUGCGGCAGGCACUCUGCUUUCCAGGUCGGGCCAGCCGCGCUGGAGGCAUCUGCACAGGGGCCCAGGCCGCAGAGAGGAGCCGUGAAUCCACUCCACACCAGCCGCCCUGCCUGGAGCCUGAAGCCUGGAGCCCACGGCAGGCUGGUACUAAGGAGUGUGUCCCUGGCUCGACUCCCACCGGCCUCCCGAGUGACUCUGCUUUCCACUGCUGCAGGCAAGAAGAGGCACGUGCGGCGCGGGCCGGCCUCCGCUUCCCGAGAAGACGGCGCACUCCCGGCCCUGGGUCCUCGCUGCUGCCCGCCCUCUCCUCCCUGGGAUGGGACCCGAAGCGAGUGGCUUCAGCACAGGCCUAGCCCUGCUCCAGGUGCAGGAAGGAGGAUAAGGCCGGGCUGUGAGGCGGCUCACCUGGACCAUCCCAUGGGCCUCCGCCCACGCCGCCCCGAGGAUGAGCGGUGAUGUCCUCUAGCCGCCCCUAGCAGUGUCAGCUCUCCCUGGACGUGUGGUAGCGGACUGGGACUUGGCUUUGUCCAGAUAAGCGGCGGCACCGGCAUCAGCGAUGACCGUGCAGAGACUAGUGGCUGCGGCCGUGCUGGUGGCCCUGGCCUCACUCAUCCUCAACAACGUGGCAGCCUUCACCUCCAACUGGGUGUGCCAGACACUAGAGGAUGGGCGCAGGCGCAGCGUGGGGCUGUGGCGGUCCUGUUGGCUGGUGGACAGGGCCCGGGGAGGGCCGAGCCCCGGGACCAGGGCCGACCAGGUAGACACACGUGACUGUGAGGCACUGGGCUGGGGCUCCGAGGCAGCCGGCUUCCAGGAGUCCCGAGGCACCGUCAAACUGCAGUUCGACAUGAUGCGCGCCUGCAACCUGGUGGCCACGGCAGCGCUUGCUGCAGGCCAGCUCACCUUCAUCCUGGGGCUGGUGGGCCUGCCCCUGCUGUCGCCCGACGCCCCGUGCUGGGAGGAGGCCAUGGCCGCUGCGUUCCAACUGGCAAGUUUCGUCCUGGUCAUUGGGCUGGUGACUUUCUACAGAAUUGGCCCAUACACCAACCUGUCCUGGUCCUGCUACAUGAACAUUGGUGCCUGCCUUCUGGCUACGCUGGCGGCGGCCAUGCUCAUCUGGAACAUUCUCCACAAGAGGGAGGACUGCAUGGCGCCCCGGGUGAUUGUCAUCAGCCGCUCCCUGACGGCGCGCUUUCGCCGCGGGCUGGACAAUGACUACGUGGAGUCGCCCUGCUGAGUCGCCCUGCUCAGGACAUCACAGACGUGCAUCUGCCUAGAAGCCAACGGACUCCACCACCAAGUCACUUCCCCUGCUUGUGCAGAGGCACGGGAUGAGUCUGGGUGACCUCUGUGCCAUGCGUGCGAGACGGCUGUGCGUAUACCGCUAUGUCCAUCGUGUCUGUAUGUGCCACGAGCCACCCUCGUUCUGCCUCCAGCUUCCCUGGCUCGGCAGCCACAUGCGCUUCAGGGUGGCCUGGAAGCUGGGACACAGGGAAGGUGGCGUGAGGCCGCCCUGCCCUCCGCUCUGCUUCGAGAUUAAUUUAUUCUGCAUCCGCUGAGAGGGGCGCCCAGCCGUGUCUUACACUUGGAAAGCAGAACAAGCAGGAAGGUGUUCCUGAAUGGCCACAGUAGUGCUUGAGUGAGUCAGAAACUAGCCGGAUAGUGACGGUUUCAGACACAGUCAUGCUCCUGCCUGUUGCGCUCAGUCUCUUUCCUAAGGUAAAUAAAUGCACGCCUCUUAACUCUG